GCCAGCUACCUCCGCAAGUAUCCCAGUCCCAUGGAGAAAAAUGUUAUUGCUGUAAAAACAGUAGAAGAGAAAACAGACUUGGGUACAGGAGUGAUAUAUCGAAGAAGGAUUGCAACAUGCCAAAAUGUAAUUCCACAGAUUUUAAGAAAGAUUAAUAUCCUGAAAGUGUCAGAAGUCUAUUUAGAAGAGGAGUCAUGGCUUAAUAUGCAAGAAAGAAUUAUGUCUAUGAAGACUCAUUGUCUUACGUGGACAGAGUAUGCCACCAUGAAUGAAGAAUCAGUCUUCAGAGAAAGCUCUGAAAAUCCUAAUUGGACAGAGUUCAUUCAGAAAGGAAAUAUAACACUAAAGGGGACUGGACUGCUGAAUUGCUUCCUGGAAAUUUUUGCACAAUCCUUUUUAAAUCAAGGGAUCAAAAAGAGUAUUUCAAUCAUGGAGAGACUUCUGCAAGACCAAUUUGGAGGGCCUGUUUUAUAAUGAGAAAUGAGGAAAAGUCUCCAUGUGUCUAAGUUGAUCCACAGCAAUACGUCCUUAUUUCCAACCCAACAUUUUACUGAAGUUAACUCCGUGGGUUGUUUUAAUGAAGAAGAAAAGAUUGUUCAAAAGAAGACAAGGGUCUACAGUCUUCCCUAAGUAAAAUAAAUGGAAUGAUCUAUUUGAACAAUAACCUUCCUGCUCAACCUGAAAAAAGAAGAUGCAGAAGAUACAGUCCACUUCCAUUUAAGUGCCCAGGGCCAGAAAUUAAUGACAGCUGUGAAAUCAUGAGUCAUUUCUGAUGGAGGCCUCAAAACAGAUAUUGACAUCCCUCAGAACAACCAGCUGGGAGGAUUUUGACAUUUCUCAAAAUUACCUAUGCCAAAUCAGAUCAGAUUAUUGUGCACCAAUGUAUUUUUUUUAAAAAAAUUGCAAAAAAUUAAACAAUUUUUAUGGCUGCCCAUAUCAUUCAAAGUCCAGAAGAGACUGCAUAGGAUAACUGAUCACAGCACUGGAAUCUUGACACGCCACACAUCGUAGCUGGUGGAGAAAAUACAGAUUUGAUUUCUACUUGUUUAAUUGAUCUUUUUGUCUGUGGUCUUUCUUUUUUGUCCCAGAAUCUUUGCACUUUUGUCAAAGCAUUCUUAUAUGGCAUUUUGUAUCUCCGUGAACUUGUCCUGUACUCUGUGAAGUUAAUUUCCUAAUAGUUUUUAUCUUAUUGUCUCCUUUGUCUCAAAGAGGAUAUUACAGGAAAUAUAAACAAUGAAUAAGAUGAGUCAUAGUAAGCUGGAAUCUUUCUGAUUCUAAUGUUUGAGUUUACUAUUUGACCUGCUUGGGUUACUAUAAAGGUAUUUUCCUUUCAUUAAAGAAAUAUAUUGCUUAGUUAGUGGAUAACAUUAUGUUAUUGAGUGUUUUAGACUUCAAAAAAAAUUCCAGUCUGCCUUUCAUAAAUAAUUCCCAACAGAACCCAUUUUUCAAUCCUUUUUCCAAGUGGAUAUUUCAUGUUUGAAAAGAAUGACCUUUUACUGUCAGAACAAUAACACCAAUAUGUCCAAAGCUCAGCAAACAGCUUUUCUAAAGCCCACCUGCCCAUCACAAUCAUCUUAAAAUGUCCUCUGUUUAGACGUUUCUGUGCUUUCUACCUGUUGUGAGGGAUGGCUAGCAAAAUAGUUUGCCAGAGGAUAAGGUUCAAAGGGAUGGAGACCUUUCCCACAGUAGAUGUUUCUGUCAUGGUGAGCCUCUGAAUUGUAGGGUGUAUAGCCCCAUGUGGUGAGCUGAAUAUGUUAUGUGUACCCAUAAAAACCUAAGCUCGGAAAACACAGGAGUGCCAACACAAUAUAAAAAAUGAUUAACUGCUGGCAAGAUUGUUGAAGAGGUUUAUCAAUGACAUGCUUCUUUGCUGUUUUAGCCUUGACUCUUGGCAGAUGCUUGGGCGGCUUUGUAGAAUAUAACAUGAAUGUUUCAGCACUUGAGAUACCUGAAUGGAGCUGUAUUCAUUAAUUUGGUCAGGCACAAAUGCUUAUGAUAUUUGCUCUGUCCUAGAAAACAAAACCAGCUUUUUUGUAGUGGCAUAGAUAUUAAACUGAAAUAAUAGUUUGUAAACUUGAUUCUCAACUCAAAUCAUUUGCAAUAUACUUACACUAAUAAAUUCUUUCAUUUAUUCUAGAA